AUGAAAACCGUUCUUGUUGUUGCAGCCGUUGUGCUGAACCAAUCGGUAUGCUUUGGAUUAUCAACAACAUCAUUAAUAUCAAGGAUUAGCAACACUGGACUUUACGGCUGGGUUCAAGGUGGAGACGGAGAGUGGGAAUGGGAAGAAGAUGAUCCAGGCUUCGUCGCAGCAACAACCGCUGUUGCGAUCGACACUGCCUCUACAGCUACUCCUCAACUACCCGCCGGAAAGCUGAAGCCCAAACAAUCGUUGGGUCAAAAUUAUUUGAAGGACCCAAACACUGUGGCGAAAAUGAUCCGAGCUUUCCAUUCAGAUGCCACUGCUCGCGAUGCUGGAAAACCACUCGACAAGAUCAUUGAACUUGGGCCAGGUGCUGGAGCUUUGACUGAUCGUUUGGUGGAAAAUUAUGGAACCGAUGUUUUAGAAUGCAUCGAAAUUGACCAGCGCGCAGUCGAGAUUCUUGGUGAAAGAUAUCCCAAUCUUGUAGUUCAUCAUGAAGAUGUGCUCCAAGUCAAUUAUCCUGCGAUGGCUGAGAAGGCUGGUCAACCAUUGGUGGUGAUUGGCAAUUUGCCAUACUACAUUACCAGUCAAAUUUUGUUUGCUUUAGCAGAUGCGAGUCAUUAUGGUGCCGUGGAUUGUGCGACCGUCACGAUGCAAUGGGAAGUGGCACAACGAAUGGUUGCCCCAACAUCUUGCAAGGACUAUGGAAUUCUAAGUGUUGUAUUUCAAACCUAUGCAGAGGUUAAGAACCAUUUCAAAAUCCCACCUACAGUCUUCUAUCCUCAACCAAAGGUGGACAGUGCGUUGGUGGGCUUACAUUUUUUGGGUCCUACCAAGCUGAAAGAACGUCUGGCGGGUGUCGAUCCAAGAGAUUUCCGUAGGGUUAUUACUACAUCCUUUCGCCAACGGCGAAAAACAAUCCGCAAUUCGUUGAAGAAGCUGGACGGUAUCGAUGUCGAGCUUUUGAGUGCUCCGCCUCUCCCCCUUCCAGACUCUGUCGUUGCAGCACGCGAGGCAGGUGACGCGUUUGCCAGUACGCAGGAGUUACCAGAUAAUUGGUUUACCAAACGGCCAGAGGAGCUCACUCCUGGGCAGUUCGUAGAAGUCACUCGCCUAAUCUACGGAUCAGAACAGAAGGAAGAUCUCGGAAAUAAGGUUUGGCGCAAGCUGAAGCAUGGCGUCUGA